GUAUCGAACGUCGAGAAGCGUCGGAAACCGCAAUGAACUACGCAGCCAUAAGUUCGUCGCAGAAAGCUACGUCCAAUGCUCGACGAUUGAAACACGUUCAUUCACAGCGCAGCUCUCAUGCUGUCUGUUGAUGAAGCUCGCCAGCUUGAGCAGACCUCUCGCCAGCAGAGCCAAAGUGCAACAUGGAAAGCUGCUCGCAAAAACCGAUUAACUGCUUCAAAUUUUGGUGUUGCUGUUACACGUGAGAAUUGGACACAAAAAGGCCUGCAGAACCUAACCACAGACAGAGAUCUGUCUAGAGUAAGGGCCAUCCAGUACGGAGUUUCAAGCGAAGCCAUGGCUGUUCAGCAAUAUGAAAGAACCCUCCGAACCUUCCGGCACAACAUUGAGACCUUCCACUGCGGCCUUAUUGUGGAUCCCACGUGCCCAUGGCUCGGUGCAUCUCCCGAUCGUGUGGUGUGGGACCCAGAGGAACAGAGUCCUCAUGGCAUUGUUGAAGUCAAGUGCCCAUAUUCAAUGAGAGACUUGAAAAUACCAAGCACUCAAGGCUCAUGCCUUGUGAAAGACGGCAACGGCACGUACAGGCUCAACCGCACCCACUUUUACUAUUACCAGGUUAUCGGGCAGAUGGCCCUUUCAGGGCUUACUUGGGCUGACUUUGUCAUGUAUGCUCCACAGUUUCUAGUUGUUGAAAGGAUUAGGUUCAGUGAAAGUGAAUGGCAGAAAUGCAAAAAUAGGCUGGACAGCUUUUAUUUUUCGACGCUUCUACCGUAUUUGGCAAAAGCAUGCAGUACAAGCAAUAAAUCUUGA